CCUCGCGCUUUCACCUUCUUCCCGCGUCACUUCUGACCUGGUCUUUACUCUUUGCCCAUUCCACUCUUCUCUUGAAGUUUUCUUGCUCUAGUUUUAAAUUUCGUGUGUAAAUUUUCUUAAAUUUAAAUAAGGAAGUCCACUGCUGGAAAGCAUGCCGGGUUCAACUCCACGCUGACGCUCAGGACCUCGAAACCCUAGAAGAUUUCCUUUGGUGUAUUAUGGGAUCAAAAAUGAAUUCAUAUGAUGUUAGGACCAGGAGGGUCAUGAUGACAAUUAUAGUAGUUGGUCUCUGCUGUUUCUUCUAUGUUUUAGGUGCAUGGCAAAAAAGUGGCGUUGGGAGGGGAGAUAGCAUUGCACUGCAGAUUACCCGAGAAACAGAGUGCGGUGUCAUGCCAAACUUGAUUUUUGAAACUCAUCAUAGCAAUGAUGUCAACAUCUACACCUAUAAAGCUAAGAACUUUGAGCCAUGCGAUGCUACACUAACAGAUUACACACCAUGUCAGGAUCAAAAUCGAGCAAUGACUUUUCCUAGGGAGAAUAUGGCUUAUAGAGAAAGACAUUGCCCUCCCAAUAAAGAGAAAUUACGAUGCCUUAUUCCAGCCCCAAAAGGUUAUAUGACACCAUUCCCAUGGCCAAAGAGUCGCGACUAUGUGCCUUAUGUAAAUGUUCCAUAUAAGAGUCUAAUUGUUGAGAAGGCUGUUCAGAACUGGGUUCAGCUUGAGGGAAAUUUGUUAAAAUUUCCAGGAGUAGGAGCGAUGUUUCCUCAAGGAGCUGAUGCAUAUAUUGAUGAACUUGCAUCUGUCAUCCCGAUUGCAGAUGGCACGAUUAGAACUGCACUCGAUACUGGCUGUGGGGUCGCCAGCUGGGGAGCCUAUCUGUUUAAACAGAAUGUACUAACGAUGUCCUUUGCACCAAGGGACUCACAUGAAGCUCAAGUACAGUUUGCCUUAGAACGAGGUGUUCCUGCUGUUAUAGGAGUACUUGGAACCAUCAAACUUCCAUAUCCGUCCAGAGCCUUUGAUAUGGUUCAUUCUGCUCGGUGUUUAAUACAAUGGACUUCUAACGAUGGCAUGUACAUGAUGGAAGUAGAUCGAGUUCUCAGGCCUGGCGGGUACUGGAUAUUGUCUGGGCCUCCAAUUAAUUGGAAGACAUACAAUAAGACAUGGAAGCGUUCAGAGGAUGAGCUGCAAAAGGAACAAAGACGAAUAGAGGAACUUGCUGACCUGCUUUGCUGGGAGAAACAGUACGAGAAAGGAGAUGUUGCCAUCUGGAAGAAGAGUAUAAAUGACUACUCAUGUAAAAGGAAAAAUGACUCUUCUGUUGGGAUGUGCAAAGAUGAAGGUGUUGAUGGCUUGUGGUACCAAAAGAUGCAAGUUUGUAUUACUCCAUUCCCUGCUGUCAAAAGUUCAAAUGAAGUCGCUGGCGGGAAGUUGAAAAAGUUCCCUGGUCGACUCUUUGCUGUUCCUCCCAGAGUAGCUAGUGGAUCUGUGGGUGUUUCCAAAGAGACUUAUGAAGAAGAUAAUAGAAUUUGGAUCAAACAUGUGAAGGCUUACAAGAAGAUGAAUAAACUAAUAGGCUCAGGGAGAUAUCGGAAUAUAAUGGAUAUGAAUGCAGGUUUUGGAGGCUUUGCAGCUGCACUCGAGUCUUCCAAUUCAUGGGUGAUGAAUGUUGUCCCAACAAUUUCUAAGAAAGAUACGUUGGGCAUAAUUUAUGAGCGAGGCCUCAUUGGGAUAUACCAUGACUGGUGUGAAGCCUUCUCCACAUACCCUAGAUCAUAUGAUUUGAUUCAUGCAAAUGGAGUCUUCAGCUUGUAUCAGAAUAACUGUGGGAUGGAAGACAUACUUCUAGAAAUGGACAGAAUCCUAAGGCCUGAAGGCACGAUUAUUUUCCGCGAUGGCGUCGAUGCUGUGAACAGAGUGCGAGUAUUGGCCACUGCAAUGCGGUGGAAGACGAGGAUGCUUGACGAUGAAGAUGGCCCUCUUGUGCCUGAGAAGAUUUUGAUUGCUGUUAAAUCUUAUUGGGUGGCAAAUGGAAACAAUUCCACACUGUAGUUGCAUUAGCAUCCAAGAAUGAAUGAGAUCUGACAUGGUUCGUUUGCCAGAUAACUUGGCUUCACUUGUGCAUUAGCCAUCACAGAAUGAGAGAAUGCUGAAGCAGAUUUGGAAAGCUGCGUGUUGUAAGUUGAUAAUCUCAUGAUCUUAUUGUGUAUGAAAUAAUUUGUGCUUGAUUUUGAUAUUAACUUGGGUAGUUUGGUAGAUGUUUUGAGUGCUCACUUGUUUUUUCUCUUAAUAUUUCUGUUGAUGGAAGAAAAAUUGAUACUUUGUAUAGUCUGAGUAAAGGUUCUGAUAAAGAAUAAAAAAAUAUUGAAGUUUUUUUUUUUCAA